UCGACCUGGCAUCCCUGUUGUCCACUGUUUUUCAUAACCACAUCUCGCGAAUCACAAUCAGCUCAACAGACGCAAAUGACGUGAUUAGGACUUUGUUCGCGAUUUCAUUUGUUCCUCAUCCGCAACUCGUCAGUUCUAUAGCCAAGUUGCAUGGUGCAUUGCUUUCCUAAAAAAAAAGAAAAUAUUUUUAGCUAUUGUGUGAUAUUCUCAUGUUUCGUAUUCUGUUUCAUGAAAGAUGAUCAGAUAUACGCUUCAUAUCAAUACACAUUCGUGAAAACCAACGGCUUUUUUCGAGAAUCAAUUUUAUCACUUGUAGCCCACCUAACAGUUUGAUUGAUUCUGCAAGACCGUCACUCCUGGCUAUCCUAACGCCAAAGAACGGGAACUAUAAUUGGAAGUUGGAAAAUAGGAGCGUAUUUUUAGUAAAUCUAAGUCGUGUGCAUAACGAUUGUCUUUGGACAAACGUUUCAUCAGUUACGUCAUCGGUUUGCGAUAGUGAAUGGUUUAGAUACAGAAUCAUAACAGUCGCGAGCAGUGCAAUAAUGGCCGGUAUGUGGUCACUCAUCAAGCAGUCAACGUUAGUGCAUCUUUGUUUCGCAAUAUCAUACUUCACAUCUGGUUUGAUCAUCAACUCGGCGCAGUGUGUGCUGUACUUUGGACUGAAGCCAUUCAACAAGCGACUUUAUAGGAAGAUAGGAUACUAUUUAUGUUACUCCUUUUACUGUCAGCUGGUUUUCCUAGCCGAUUGGUGGUCGGGUUGUACAUUAUACGUGUACAUUAGCGAUGAAGAUAUGAAAUAUUGCGGUAAGGAGCACGUUCUGCUGCUCAUGAAUCAUACAUACGAAAUCGACUGGCUUGUCGGGUGGAUGUUCUGCGACAAGGUCGGUGUGCUGGGCAACUGUAAGGCUUACGCGAAAAAAGUCAUCCAAUACAUCCCGGCAAUUGGUUGGGCUUGGAAGUUCGCAGAAUUCGUUUUUCUGGAGCGUUCGUUUGAUAAGGAUAAGGAAAUUAUCGGUCUUCAAAUCAAGGAAAUCAUGGAUUACCCCGAUCCGGGCUGGUUGCUAUUGAACGCGGAAGGUACGCGUUUUACCGAGAAGAAACACGAAGCGUCGGUUAAAUUUGCUCGCGACCGCGGAAUGGUUGAGUUAAAACAUCAUUUGAUUCCUCGCACCAAGGGUUUCACUGCUAGUUUGCCGUACCUGCGCGGAAGAUGCUCAAUUCUAGAUAUUCAGCUUGCUAUUUCGAAAAACUCAACUGUUAAACCCACCAUUUUUAAUAUUCUGAAUGGAAAAGGCAUUACUGCGCACAUGCAUGUACGUCGCAUCCCGACAGAAACUUUACCCGAAAAAGAGGAAGAGGCCGCCGAAUGGUUGCAGGAACUUUUCCGUCAGAAGGACCGUAUGCAGGAUAGUUUCCACAUCCACGGAGACUUUUUCACCGGUUCCGGUGUUGAAAAGAAGGUGCCAAUCAAAUUUCAACCACGUAUUUCUUCCUUCGUCAAUAUGGUAGCAUGGAAUGUGAUAACUGUUGUUCCCAUGUCGUACUAUCUUGUGCAGCUGUUGAUCAGUGGAGAAAUUUUGUACUUUUCAAUUGGUUCAUCGGUUCUAGUUGCUUUUUAUGCGCUAAUGGUGAAGGCGAUUGGUAUGUCGAAAAUAAGUAAAGCUUCCGCGUAUGGUUCAGGUAAGGUAAGUGGAAACAGUAUCCAGAAUGGAGCAACGUCUGAUGAGAAGUCUAAAGACACGUAGAACCAGCUGUCGUAGUACACACUAGUACGGAUGUGGUCUGUAUGUUGUAUAUCUUUGGACCUUCGAGAAAUAUCCGAAUCGUAGAUUAGUGUCCCCACCUCAGAACAAUAUUUUGCUCCAAUUUUUGGAGACUAGUUUUGCUAUGAGCAAAUUUAAACCAUUUUCGCUGAAUUGCUAUUUUCUAAAAAAAAAGAAAACACGGACGCACGUUCAACCACCAUUUAACCUGUGAGCCAAAGUUUUGCUACACAAUUUUAUAUUCAACGGUUUUUAAACAGAUGAUAGCAGCGAAGCUCGGAGCACUUUUUUUUGGUUCAGUUUCUCAAAGAUAUACUGUUACUGUAGAUAACAUCAUUUACAUACACCUGUAUAUAUCCUUAUACAAAAGAGAAAAAAAACUAUUGCCCGGAUAAAAUGAACUAUCAUCAACACGCAAAAUGAGUGGAAAUAUAGUGUACUAUUUAUAGCCGACUUUUCGGUUUAAUAUAUUUUACACGAUGCAAUGAAAUUAUGACAUGGAUUUCUAAACAGUUAGAGGUAGGAAAUAAACUGAAAGUGAUGGAAGGAUGCAUAAAAUUUGAAUACUCAGUACAAAUUUUCUCUCAAACUGAAUUAUAUAUUUGUUCAUUGGACUUUUCACCGCAUUUGUAUAACGGCACAAACCAUAUAUCUAUGUUAUCACAGAAAUAUUACCAUUGCCAGGUGAUUAGGACAAAAACGGGGUUUCUUUUUGGUUGCGUUCCAAAAUCCAUGUUUCGGUUAUCCAAGUAACAACUCGUUUGCAUACACAACCGUUCAAAUUUGUUAAAAUAAUUGUUAGUUUAGAAUUUUGAAUGCAAAAGAAACUUAAUAUAGCCAAAAGCGAAACGGUAAAUUAUCGCACACUAUUGCGGCUGCCCUGACAAAGCUAUGAAUGCUGAAGCCGAGCUUCCAUUUUAUUAGAAUGUACGCAUUAUAAUUCGAUUAGAUUUAACCUAGGUUCACCACGUAAAACAUUCUUCCGACGGAGUUCGACAUCAGUUUUAAGAUGCGGUUGAGAUGAGAGUACUAGAGUCAAACUGUUCAUGAUAAUAACUCAAACCAUUAACGUGACUGAGCCAUUGUUAAAGAGUCCCUGCAUGUGUCCCAACUAGCAUCAUGUCUAUCUUUUAAAAAGGUUUACAUACUAAAAACUGAUAAGGCUGCAGACAAUUGAAUAAAUCAUGUUGUAGUUGUUA